AUGUUUUGUGACCAGUUUCCAUCUCUUUUUCUUUUAGCCGAUUCUUCUUGUUCUAAAGUGAGUGACAACGGUUUUUGGAUUUCCGGUUCGUGGAAUUGGCACAUCAACUUUAUCGGUUCAAUCGAUUUGGAGGUCUACGGUGAUAGUGUGGAGUCUCUUUUGACGGUGAUAGGUGGAAAAAAGCCUUUGGUAGGUGUGGAUGAUUCUUUUGUUUGGUGGAGGAAUUCUUCGGGGUUUUCGGUAAGGGCCGCUUAUUCUAUGAUCUUGGAAGGUAAGCUUCGUGGGUCGAAUAUUGAUGACAACCUUUUGAAGGCUUUGAGUGGGCUUUGGAAGACUAAGAUUCCAAGUAAGUUUUUAAUCUUUGGUUGGAGGCUUCUUCUUAAUAGAUUGCCUACUAAAGUAAAUUUGGCUAGAAGGAAGAUUUUGGUUUAUCUGUCGCUUUUGUUGUGUCCGUUUUGCGGUUUGGAGGAGGAGACUUCGGAACAUCUUUUUGCUUCUUGCUCGGUAUCUCUUCAUUGGUGGAACUUGCUUUGUGUUUGGCUCCGCUUUGACGUAGCUUCCUUUUCCGGUAACUUUUUUGCCCGACUUUGUUGUAUGGAGUCCUUGUGUAGAAGUAAAUUCAAAACUUAUACUAGGUGGCUUUUUGGGAUGGCUUUUUGUUGGGGGGUUUGGAAGUGUAGAAAUGAGGUGAUUUUUAAUAGUGUUUUAGUGAGUAACUUUGAUGUGAAUGGGUUGAUCAAAUUUAUCUCUUGGGAAUGGUUUCUCACUUCCUAUAAUGGUAGAGAUUCUAUUAUGUGGGGUGAUUGGUGUGACAAUCCUAGUCUUUGUUUAUGA